AUGCGAGAUUCAAGCCCUUCCACCGUGGCUUCUUACAGAGAGGAGAAAAGCCUGGACAUCAUCCGGAGCAGACCCAAGGAUGAGGUCCAGAAGCUGGAGUUCCUGAACUCCGUCUGCACCACCUGCAACGCCAUAAGCGUGGACUCCACCGAGUGGUACAAGCUUUACUUCUCCCAGCUGGAGGUGGCGGAGACCAUUGAGGAACUGCUGCAAGAGGAGCCCACUGGCCAGCUGAACGGCGUAGUGCGGCAGCAUGCCAUGUUUGCCAUCGCUUCCAUGAGCCGAGCAAAGCUGCUUCUGCCGGAGAAGAAGAGCACCCUCCUCCAUGCCUGCUUCUGCAGCCUCUUCCACCUGCCUCCACAGGACACCGAGGCCCCCACUUUUUUCCUCUACUCCAGGACCCUGGCUGCGAUGGACAGCAUGCUGCAGACGCUGGUCUGCAGUGCUGGCACCCUCAGCGUCAUGGAGCUGAAGAACAUCUUGCAGCUCCUGCUGUCCUUCGCCAGCUCCCAGACAGCAGUGGUACAGGAGAGGGCCAUAGCACGGAUUGGGAAGCUGGCCGAAUUCCUCACCAUCUGUUCCCUGCCACAGACCCAUGAGUUUGAGAUGCUGGGGAAGCUGGUGGGGCAUCUCAUCCUCUGCUGCACUUGCAAGGACAGGGGGACCCAUCACGAGGCUGCAGAAGCUCUCUAUCACCUGCACACCUUCGCCGGGAAGCUACUCGGCAGGUGGACCGGGCUGCACGACACGCAGCAGCUGCAGGUCCCGAAGGGCUGGCCAGAAAAGCAGUCCUGCCACUCUUCACAGAGCAACUACGCCUUCGAAAUCUUCCUGAGGUUCAUGAAAUACCUCCAGCCCACGGACCGGGUAGACGUCAUCCUCACAGCCAUCAAGAGCCUGAGAGCCCCAAGUGCCUACAGCUUCAAGGUGGCUGCGCGCAUGGUGGACUUCCUUGUGGUGAACUCUGUCUUCCGGAUGGGGCAGGUGCUGAACAUUGUCUGGGCCAUCUACGGAAAUCUGCCCACCAUCACCGUGGCAGUAGCUCGCAAGAGUGUGGACAGGGCCCUGCUGGUCCUGACGAACAGGCACCCCACUUGGGUGGUGACCGGCCUGCUGCAGUGCUCCCCAAUGUGCAACCAGUACGGGGCCCACCAGCUUUUGGGGCUCCUCUCACACUGGGAGAGGGGCCCCGACACCCUCCUGAGGGAUGUCAGCCCGGCCAUCCUCCAGGGUGUCCCCGCUGACAGAGCCCCGGGUCCCCACAGAGUUGCCGGGGACAUGUGGAAGACGAUGUUCUCCGAGCCCCAAGCUGCGAAGAAGGUGCUGCAGGAGCUGCUCAGCAUGCUGAUGAGCCAGUCGCAGCGCAAGAUCUCCACCUCCACCAGAGACAACCCACGCAUCCUCUCUCUGGCUGCCACCGAGACAAUAAGCAAGAUCCUCCUGCAUCCCACCUGCCUGCGGGAGGUGCAUGCCAUUUUCCCCCGGCUUUUCUUGGCACUCCUUUUACAAGUGUCCUUCACCACGGAGCUGAUGGUGCAGGAGGUGCAGAUCUUCUGGAAGGAGCACCAACAGGAUCUGCUCACUCCCAUCAGGUCUGCUGUGAAGGCCAUGAAAGAGCUGCUCUGCGUCAUGGGCUUUGAGACACAGGUGGUGGCCAUCGAGGCGCAGGACGGCUGGGAUGCCCUUCUCAGCACCCUGACCCACCUCAGGGGAGUGCGCACUGUGGCCAGGGAGAUGAUGACGACCCAAAGACCCCUGCGCUACACCAUCUUCCGCCAUCUGGUAGAGCUCCUCAGUGUGGAGGACCCCACCUGGGAGAUGGUCGCCAUGACCUUUUUCAUCGAGAUGCUGGGCAGCGUGGACCUCGGUGAAGACCUUGCCUGUGCCCUGGAGCUCUUCCCCAUGUACCUGCAGAGCCAGUGCGUGGGGAUGCCCAACCUGGUGCUCCAGGGCAUCCUCAAGCUCACCGAGAGACCCGACGUGGCAAGGAAAACCCUGGUCCUGCUGCCCGAUGUCAUGGAGCAUCUCCAGGGCGAUGACAGCACCGUGGCCCUUGCCGUGCUCAUCAACAUGCUGCGGCUGCUGAAGGGGAAGGAGUCCAGCCCCACCGCCCUGGCCCUGGCUGAGAAGCUCCAGCCAUUCUUUGACGAUGAGUCGAACACCGUGCGGCAGCUCUCCAUCCGCCUCUUCCGAGACACCAUGGGGCGGGUGGUGGGCCCUGAAAAGAAGAAGAUGAGGAGGCAGGUGUGGGGCAGCCUGCUGCCGCUGCUCUUUCACCUGCACGAAGAGGAUGAGAGUGUUGCUAAGGCCUCCCAGGAAGCUCUCUGCAGCGCUGGCCAGUUCCUGAAGUGGAGGCCACUGGCAGAGCUGACAGAGCCUGCCCAGGCAUGGAGGAUGUCUGAGUGCCUGCUGGCCAGGAAGAAGAACAAGGCCAAGGACUACCUGCAGCAGAGCCAGCCCUACCUGCAGAGCCUGCAGGAGUCCCUCCGUUUGGAGGCUGUCAGGUUCAUCGGGCUCAUCGGACGGCAGGCGAAUAAUAAGCAGAAGAUGGAACAAGUCACAGAGAUCCUUGAAAGAGCAAGGAAAGAUUCCAGCCCCCUGGUCUCCUCCCUGGCGGAUCAGACGCUCCUCAUCCUCAAACAAGUCAGGCAGAGGUGGAAGUUUCGCCUGCAGUGGCCGAGCUCAUGGCUGCGAAGGGCACAAUGA